UCUCUAGUCUGUGCUAGUGCUUCACGUAGACAAGUUGUGGGUGGAGAGCAAAGUUCUUUUUAGACUUUAUUUGUUAUGAUUUAUCUUUAGUUUAGUAGGUCAAAAUCUCAUUUUAGCCAGAAUAAUCAGUUUAUUGUAGUUAAGUGAACGAUGAACACCUGUUUCUGAAUUUUUCGAAUAUAACCAUAAGGAGUGGUUAAGCAAGCAAACGUAAUCUUCGAAAUCAGUAUCCGUGUUCAGUGACAGAAAAUGAAGGGUGCUAAGCUGUUGAGUUCUGCUGGCCGCUGUGUAGCGGCUUCACCAGCAUAUGCUCGUCCCACCCCGCGUUACAAUAACGACGGCGGGCGUCGCACAGAGGCGACCAAGGCAGUACAGAAAGAGCGUCCCGGACCACGCUCAAGCGACUCAUUCACAUUGAACCUGUUCCGAGGAGCCCUAGAGACUUCAACAGUGUUCCCGUACCCUGAGCCGCUGGCUGAGGACCAGAGACAGGUGUUGGCUGAGCUUGUGCCACCGGUUGAGAAGUUCUUCCAAGAAGUGAACGACCCCGCGAAGAACGACAAUGACGCGAAGAUCGAGCCAAACACUCUUGCCGGUCUUUGGGACCUCGGUGCCUUCGGUCUGCAGGUGCCUUGUGAGCUGGGCGGUCUCGGUCUUAGCAACACACAGUACGCGCGUCUUGUUGAGAUCGUCGGAGCUCACGACUUGGGUGUGGGCAUCACCCUCGGAGCUCACCAGUCCAUCGGCUUCAAGGGUAUCCUGUUAUUCGGAACUCCAGAACAGAAGCAGAAGUACCUUCCCAGAGUAACCGGUGGGGAGUAUGCUGCGUUCUGCCUCACUGAGCCGUCUUCAGGGUCUGAUGCUGGCUCCAUCAAGACGCGCGCUAUCCAGCAGCCAGAUGGCUCAUGGAAGCUGAACGGCUCCAAGAUCUGGAUCAGCAACGGUGGAGUUGCGGAGGUCAUGACCGUCUUCGCACAGACACCUGUUCAGAAGGACGGGAAGACCGUCGACAAGGUGACAGCGUUCAUCGUGGAGCGUUCCUUCGGCGGCGUGUCAUCUGGACCCCCAGAAAACAAGAUGGGCAUCAAGUGCUCGAACACCACUGAAGUUUACUAUGAAGACGUUCCCGUUCCCAAUGAAAACGUGUUGGGAGGCGUCGGCAACGGUUUCAAGGUGGCCAUGAACAUCCUGAACAACGGCCGCUUCGGUAUGGGCGCCGCCCUAGCCGGCACACAGCGCGCCGCCAUCAAGCAGGCUGCUGAACACGCUGCCACGCGCGUGCAGUUCGGCAAGAAACUCAUCGAGUUCGGUACCAUCCAGGAAAAACUUGCCCGUAUGGCGAUGUUGCAAUACGUAACCGAAUCCCUCGCGUACAUGGUAUCCGGUAACAUGGAUACUGGCGCUAAGGACUACCACCUCGAGGCCGCUAUUAGCAAGGUAUUCGCAUCAGACUCAGCGUGGACGGUGGUAGACGAAGCCAUCCAAAUCCUCGGCGGUAUGGGCUUCAUGAAGGGCACUGGUUUGGAGCGUGUGCUCCGUGACCUGAGGAUCUUCCGUAUCUUCGAGGGCACCAACGAUAUCUUGCGUCUCUUCGUGGCAUUGACAGGCAUCCAAUUCGCCGGGUCCCACCUCCAGGAACUCCAGCGCGCGUUCAAAAACCCCACCGCCCAUCUCGGCCUCAUCUUCAGCGAGGCCGGCAAGCGCGCCGGCCGCGUCGUUGGAAUCACCUCCACCGCCGACAUUACUCCUUUGGUGGCGGAUCAACUACGCCCAGCUUCCAAGGAGUUGGCGAAGUGUGUUGAUGCGUAUGGACAGACUAUUGAAGCUACGUUGGUCAAGUACGGAAGGAAGGUUGUGGAUGAACAGUUCGUCCUCAACCGCCUGGCGUCGGCCGCCAUCGACGUGUACACGACGGCCGUGGUGCUGUCGCGCGCGUCCCGCGCCGCCCGCCUGGCGCUGCCGUCCGCCGGACACGAGGUCAAGCUGGCUGAGGCCUGGGCGCACGACGCCUUAGGCCGAGUACCCGGGCUGCUGGCGGCGGCCCGGGACGCCACGUGGCUGCAGCAGUACGCGCGGCUCGGCGCGCUGGGCCGCGCCGUGGCGGACAACCCGGGCCAGCCCAGCGGCAACCCUCUUAACUUGUAGGACUACAAGGGACGCCCGUAGAAAAAAAUGUCAGUCGAGUGUGAAAGCGAGUUAUUAAAGUUUACAUUUUGAUGUCAACUAAUACGUACAGCUAUUCUUCGUGCAUUCGGACAAGGUUCGAUGUCGUUAAAAUGGUUAACGGGACAGCCAAGUACAGAGUAUUUGGGUCGGCCUGUCUGUGCCAAGACCGAGUCGAAUCUAAUUCACGAUACCUUGCCAAAGAACUAUUAAAAGACAAUAUAAACAUACUCAACAACGUUACUUAAACAGCAUCUUUCUCACCCAAUACUCUUACCCACUUGACUGUACAACUCAGAAAAGCUAAAAUCAGUUUUCAGACAUAAUUUUAGCCAAAAGUUAAGAAAACUGUGUCAAGAUCUUAAAAUCUCCUAAGCUACCACUUAAUACGUCCUAUUAGUAUAAGUUAGCCUAAUAAUGUGUUCGAAUGUACUCAAUCUUAUUGAUUGCACAAAACAUUUGGACGAGUGACCCUUUUCGGGUAUAGAUUUUUUCAACUCUACCGAAUGAACCAAUCAUGUAAAUGUGACUGUAUAUUGUAUAGUAUAAUUUUUGACAGUUAUAUUUAUUUUUAAAUAGUAUAUUUUUAAGUAUAA